GCGGGAACCCAUUGUUGGCCUUUUUGUCGCUGUCGAUCUAUCAACGUCAAUACCUGCUUUUUCUAUUUGGAGUUGUUGAGUCUACCGGAUCACUAGACCAAGAAUUAUUCAUCUUGUCUUUCCAAUUUCACGAACAUCUGCCAGUUCGAACCGCCCAUUGUUAUCGCAAUCCGUCCCGCAUUGAACAUCCGCCCGCCAUGAGCGUCGUCGGUAUAGAUUUCGGUGCUCAGAGCACAAAGAUCGGUGUUGCUCGGAACAAGGGAAUAGACAUCAUCGCAAAUGAAACCUCCAAUCGACAAACACCAUCCUUUGUCGGAUUCGGUCCUAAAAGCAGAUACCUAGGUGAAGCCGCAAAGACACAAGAAAUCUCAAACCUCAAGAACACAAUCUCGUCGCUCAAGCGUCUCGCCGGCCGAACGAUCAAUGACCCGGAAGUCGCCAUCGAGCAACAAUACAUUACCGCCCCUCUUGUGGACGUCAAUGGCCAAGUAGGCGCAGAGGUCACAUACCGAGGGGAGAAGCAAAAGUUCACCGCAGUCCAGCUGAUUGCUAUGUAUCUGGGAAAAAUCAGAGACACUGCUAGCCAUGAAUUGAAACUGCCUGUCUCCGAUGUAGUGAUCAGCUGCCCGCCUUGGUUCACAGACUCUCAGCGCAGAGCUAUGCUGGAUGCCUCCGAAAUUGCUGGUCUCAAACUUCUACGCUUGAUCAAUGACAACACUGCUAUUGCCCUUGGAUAUGGCAUCACAAAGUCAGAUCUCCCGGAAGGUGAUGCCAAACCACGUCGUGUAUGCUUUAUCGAUAUCGGCUACAGCGACUACACUUGCUCGAUUGUGGAAUUCCGCAAGGGCGAACUUGCUAUCAAAUCCACCGCCGCUGACCGACAUUUCGGUGGUCGAAACUUCGAUAAAGCUCUUGUUGACCAUUUUGGCGCCGAGUUCAAGGAGAAGUUCAAGGUUGACAUCACCACCAAUGCAAAGGCAACCACUCGAGUGGCAGCUGCAGCCGAGAAGCUGAAGAAGAUCUUGUCUGCGAAUGCUCAAGCUCCUCUCAACAUCGAGUCUCUUAUGGACGACAAGGACGUUCGUGCCGUCUUGAAACGUGAAGAGCUCGAAGAACUUGUCAAGCCUCUUCUCGACCGUGUUACCGCUCCACUGGAACAAGCACUCGCAGAAGCCAAGCUCAAGGUCGAAGACAUCGAUGCCAUUGAGAUGGUUGGUGGCUGCACGCGUGUGCCGUCUAUCAAAGAGCGGAUCUCCACAUUCUUUGGCAAGCCCCUUUCAUUCACUCUCAACCAAGACGAGGCUGUUGCCCGUGGUUGUGCUUUCAGCUGCGCCAUUUUGUCGCCAGUCUUCCGAGUUCGUGACUUUUCAGUUCACGACAUCGUCAGUUAUCCCAUCGAAUUCAUCUGGGAGCAAUCACCAGAUAUUCCCGACGAGGACACGAGUCUGACGGUGUUCAACAAGGGUAACAUCAUGCCGUCAACCAAGAUCCUUACCUUCUACCGCAAACAACCUUUUGACCUCGAGGCUCGCUACGCCAAACCCGAUCAGCUACCCGGCAAGGUCAACCCAUGGAUUGGGCGCUUCUCAGUCAAAGGUGUCAAGGCUGAUGAGAAGGACGAUUUCAUGAUCUGCAAGCUCAAGGCCCGACUAAACCUUCAUGGCAUCCUUAACCUGGAGAGCGGCUAUUACGUCGAAGAUGUCGAGGUUGAAGAGCCUGAGCCAGAGAAGCCCAAAGAUGCUGACGCUAUGGAGACCGACCAGCCCAACGGUUCCGCAGAAGCCAAGCCCAAGAUGCGAAAGGUCAAGAAGCAAGUGCGAAAGGGUGAAUUGUCGCUUGUGGCUGGUACUUCGUCUAUGUCCGACGCGGACAAGUCAUCGGCUGGCGAAAAGGAGAAUGCCAUGUAUAUGGAAGACAAGCUUGUCACAGACACCGAGGACAAGAAAAACGAGCUUGAGGCGUACAUCUAUGAGCUUCGUGGCAAGAUCGAUGACAUCUAUUCCGAAUUCGCCAAUGAGCAAGAGAAGGAGAAGAUCAAGGACAAGCUCGAGAAGACCGAGGAUUGGCUGUACGAGGAUGGCGAAGAUGCGUCCAAAGCACAAUAUGUGGCGAAGAUGGAUGAAAUCCGAUUCGUUGCCGGACCUGUGAUCCAGCGGUACAAUGAUAAGGUAGAAGAAGAGCGUCAAGCGGUGCUACAAAAACAAGAAGAACAGGCUGCUCGAAAACGAGCCGAACUUGAAGCCAAGAAGAAGGCUGAAGAAGCGAGCAAGAAGACGGAAGAACCAAAGAAAGAAGAAGCCUCUGCACCGGACACGGAGAUGAAGGAUGCUGAUGGCGAGGCUGUGAAGCCUGACAGCGUUGAAGAAAAAUAGAUUCCGCAUGGGACAUACCUAACGGGCUUUUAUGGGAAUUGAAACGUGGUCAUGGUCAUGCAUAGCGAAUGGAAACGUUCCGGGAAGGGCAGAGAUAAUAGAUAGCGUAUGAUGUCUGAAUAGAAAUGCCAGGAAACGAAAUGCUACUCAAAUGCCAUCUGCAUGGGUGUCAUAACCGAUGGAUAGCCAGGGUUUUGGUUUUCAGCCUUGCUGAGAUUGUCGUGGACUCAUGGGGGUUCCGGAUCCACGGGACUGAUACUAUCAGACUCCAUACGAGAUCGAGUUGGCGCCGAAUAGUGAAAUAGAAUUUGUGAUCAUAAG